AUGUCGGAAGCUUACAACGUGUUAAGCAUCGCGCUCAAGUCGAGCAUUGAGCUUGCUCUCUUUGAUCAAAUCGCACCUCUACGAGAGAAAGUCCAGCAACUAACGAAGACGGUCGAGGAUCAAGCAUCCAAGAUUAACGCGCAGGACGCAAAGCUACAUAGACAUGAGACCAGCAUCCUUCACCAAGACAAGAAGAUUGAAGACUUGGAGAUAGUGACGCAUGUCCAUACAGACGCGCAUGCAAAACAAGAAACAGUAGCAUCCCAAUUCUUACAAGGCUUGAAAGUACAGAUCGAAGGUCUUAGAAGCUUAGUUCAAAAAGUGAACGAGGCGGUUGGGCAGAUGCCGUCUUUGCUCAAUGAAUGUCCCAAGGACUGCGAAGGGACUUACGAUGGGUUUCUAACUCUAGAGACACGCGUAGCUGCCUUGGAAGCAUCUCUUGUAAACGUGUCUAAGGCCCAACCAACAAAUGUGAUGCGAAGAAUCGAUUUCUCCAGCUCGAGAUUCACGGGCGAGAGGUCUGGAGACCAUAUUGAUGACUGCCAGAAUAUAAUUAGGAAGAUGCAAGUUGAUUUGGCCAUUCUUCAAGACUCUAUCAUGGCACAAUCUUCGGAAUCAGAUUUGGGGAAGCAAUCGACAUUGGUCCCCACCUCGUUCCCUGCGGGUUCUGCACAGUCUAAGUUACUCACAGAUAUCAACAAGGCCCUGAAAAACAUACAGACUGCUGAAUCACUACAGGAAGAAUCUCAAAAUGACGCUCGGGAGUUGAGCAGGGACGUCAGUGCUCUGAUCGUAUCAUCAGCUAAAGAAGAAUUCAGGAAGAGUACUCCCAGAUGUUCAGUGCUGUCAGACAGAACUAUCAUGCCUGGCAUUCCGGACGAUGUGCAAGUGAAUAUCACUGAAAGCUUAGAAUUGCCUUCGCUGGAGUCGGACACAAAUUUUGUGCAAACUGCUUCGGCGCGAGCUGAACUUAUCCAGGAAGGUUUCAGAGAAGCCAGCAAUAUUGUAAAGGAUGGUAAAAUGACAGAAAAGGUCGAAGCCGGCCCUGAAAUCUCAAAAACUCGAGGGGAUUUGGCCAUGCAUCGAGCCCGCGAAGACGUUCACGAGGAUGGUCCAGUCAAGAAGCUCGAUAAAGACUUGUAUCGACAGGACUGGUACCUAGCUGGAAGACCGGGAAAGCUUGAAGACUUCGUUCGGAAGAAGAGGACAGAGGCCAGAACUAAGGAGAACAUACCCCACACACGCGAAACGGUGCGAGCGAGCGACGUGCAGCCGCAUCAACCCAAUUUGCGAACGAAGAAGGCGAUUACGAUGAAACGGAGCCGCGAUGUUGAUGUUUUGACUCGAGGUGGCAGUAAUUAUUCUGUGAAUAUUUCCAAGAAGAAGACAAAGUUCACCACCGUCGACAAAGCAGGAUAACACGCAACGUGAACGAGAUCAGAGAACAGCAGUAAGAUGAAAUAGUGCAGUGAGCCCAAUGAAACAGUGGAUCGUUCCAUUGGGAAAUAUAGGGCCAAGAGGGCAAUUUUUUUGGUCACUUGUCUAUUAUUAAUCUUGGUUGGUGUUAUGAAAUGUGGAAAACGAGCUUACGAAAUCAUUCGGUGGCUUCGUAACUUUAAUGUAUACCACCAACUUGAAACUGGCCAGAAAUCUUUCUCUUGUAAAGGAUCAUCGAAGUAGUGUAGCGGGGCCGGCUCGAUUUUUUUUAAGCAAUAAGGAUUAGAGCCUAU